UAAUUUUUCAGAUUUGAAUAAGAGGAUAAGUCAAUUUAUAUAUUGUUAUGAUAUUUAAUUGAAGAUUUUUAUUUUUGAUACAUACGUUGUUAAUUAUAUCUACAAGAAGCUGUUAUAUUACAAGUUUUUGAAUUAAAAAACAUAUAAAAACUAUGUCGGGAUCUGUGAGUGCUCUUACUGUAGCUGGUUCUCGAACAUCUGGAACUCCAAUUCGAACACAAAAUGUGAUGGCUGCGAAUGCUAUUGCUAAUAUAGUUAAAAGUUCUUUAGGACCAGUUGGAUUGGAUAAAAUGUUGGUGGAUGAUAUUGGGGAUGUAACAGUAACCAAUGAUGGAGCAACAAUAUUAAAACUAUUGGACGUUGAGCAUCCUGCUGCGAGAGUUCUUGUAGAGUUGGCUCAAUUACAAGAUGAAGAAGUUGGUGAUGGAACAACAUCAGUUGUUAUUAUUGCUGCUGAAUUAUUAAAAAAUGCUGAUGAAUUGGUCAAACAAAAAAUUCAUCCUACAUCUAUUAUAAGUGGAUAUCGCUUAGCAUGUAAAGAAUCAUGUAAAUACAUACUAAACAAUUUGACUGUAGGUGUAGAUGAUCUGCGACGUGAUUGGUUAGAAAAUGCUGCUACUACAUCUAUGUCAAGUAAAUUAAUCAUGGCUGAUUCUGAAUUUUUUUCAAAGAUGGUAGUUGAUGCUUGUAUGUUAGUUAAACGCCCAUCAGAUAAACGAGGUGGUGUAUCUGUACCUAUAAAGACAAUAAAUGUUCUCAAAGCUCAUGGCAAAAGUGCUAGAGAAAGUUUACUUAUACAAGGUUAUGCUUUAAAUUGUACUGUUGCAUCUGAAGCAAUGACAAAAAAAAUUACCAAUGCUAAAAUAGCUUGUCUAGAUUUUUCCUUACAAAAAACCAAGAUGAAAUUAGGUGUGCAAGUUUUGGUAAAUGACGUAGAUCAGUUAGAUGCUAUAAGACAAAGAGAAUCUGAUAUUACUAAAGAACGGGUGCAAAAAAUAUUAGCUACUGGCGCUAAUGUAAUUUUAUGUACUGGUGGUAUUGAUGAUAUUUGUUUAAAGUACUUCAUUGAAGCUAAAGCUUUAGCUGUGCGCCGUGUGAAGAAAAUUGAUUUAAAAAGAAUUGCUAAAGCUACUGGUGCAACUUUUUUGACUUCAUUAACAAAUAUGGAAGGAGAGGAAAGUUUUGAAAGUUCCUGUCUUGGUGAAGCUGUAGAAGUUGUUCAAGACCAGAUAUCUGAUGAUGAAUUAAUAAUUAUUAAAGGCCCUAAAGCUCAAAAUGCUGCUUCUAUUAUAUUAAGAGGUCCUAAUGACUUUUAUUGUGAUGAAAUGGAACGAUCUAUACAUGAUGCUUUAUGUGCUGUACAACGAGUGCUUGAAUCAAAAUCUGCUGUAGCUGGUGGUGGUGCAGUUGAAGCUGCUUUAUCAAUAUAUUUAGAAAACUUUGCAACUUCUUUAAGUUCUAGAGAACAAUUGGCUAUUGCAGAAUUUGCCCGUUCCUUACUAGUUAUACCUAAAACUUUGGCUAUUAAUGCUGCUCAAGACGCUACUGAACUUGUUGCAAAAUUAAGAUCGUAUCAUAAUGAAAGUCAAACUAGUAGUGAAAAUGAUGUGUAUAAAUGGUAUGGAUUAGAUUUAGAAGGUGGCGAAAUACGAGAUAAUUUAAAAGCUGGAGUUUUAGAACCUGCAGUUUCUAAAAUUAAGUCUCUAAAGUUUGCUACUGAAGCUGCAAUUACUAUUCUUAGAAUAGAUGACAUGAUCAAGUUAGAACCAGAACAAAAGAGUGGACGUGGUUAUCAACAAGCAUAUGAUGCAGGGGAAUUAUAAAUUUAACAUUAAACUUUUCACGUAUCUAACACUAGAGUAAGAUAAUGCUAAUAUAUUUUAUAUUUGCAUAAUGUGAACUGAAGAUUUUUUGAAUAGUUCACAUAUAUUUUGUUAAAUUAAAUAUUUCUUUAACUUUUCUUAUUUAUAAUUUUUAAGGUUCUAAAAUAAAAAAAAUAACAACAAAAAAAA